AUGGUAAAUAAAUAUUUAAGGUUGUAUCCUAAUUUACCAAUUAAUCACAAUUUGCCAACAACUGGUAUUUUUCCCAAUCAUGUAUACCAAAAUGAGGCAUUUUCCUACCCGUUUGGAUAUAUGAACAUACCAGGGAUGAAUUUUCGAGCUGGAUUUGAGGAUUUUCAUAUGAAACAUGAAAAACCACCUUAUUCUUAUAUUGCAUUAAUAGCUAUGGCUAUUGCAAGUUCUCCACAAAAGAAGUUAACUCUUAAUGGAAUAUACAGAUUUAUUAUGGAAAGAUUCCCUUAUUACCGGACAAACCGCCAAGGAUGGCAAAAUUCAAUAAGGCACAAUUUGUCUUUGAACGACUGCUUCAUCAAAAUACCCAGAGUGAACAGGAAUAUAGAAAUUGAUACAAAAAAUGUAGACAAGGACUUAUUAACUAAUUCUAAUGGAGAUCUGGAUACUAAUAAUGAUUUAACAAAAGCUGGAAUUAGUGGGCACAUCCAGUUGCAGGAGCUUGGUGUUCGAAUUUUGAUAAAACUGGUGGAACCUUUUACUUAUUGUCCUUUUCAGGACGCUUGUAAGGGCAGUUAUUGGACAUUGGACCCAGCGGCAAUAGAUAUGUUUGAAAAAGGAAAUUACAGACGUCGAAAAACCAAAAAACAGCGAGAAAAGCAAAAAUCGAAUCAAGGAUUAUGCAAUCCACAGACUUCAGAAGCGUCUGGAGUUACAUCAACAAGCAAGGAUGAUCUCCAAGGAUUCGGUGAGAAACAAGAUGACCUUAGAAUUGAACCAAAGAUUAGUAAUACUAGUACAAAAACAUUAAUAAAAAGUAAUUUUUUAAUAGAAAAUUUAAUGAAAGACUGACAUUUAUUUAUGGAAGGCAAUUUGUUGAACGUCUUUGAAAUUAAUGCAUUUAAAUUAGUUAUUUAUAAGUGUUGAUUAUAUUUUUAAUUAUUCAAAUAAGAAACUA